AUGCUGGACCAGCACUCGCAAGUGAGCAUAGCUCAAAUCGUCUUUUAUGUUCCUGCGGUGAUCGCUGCAGUGACGCUCCUCUUCUUUCGCAGAGCAGUGAAGGGCCUACCACGCUAUGCUUGGUACGUUCUUACACUCUUCACGCUAAUGCGUCUGGCUGGUGGAAUUGUAGAAAUUCUCCAUGUGAACAACCCGUCCAGCACUGGUCUGAUCAUCGGAGCUACCAUCCUUCUAAAUACAGGCGUGCUUCCGUGCAUCGCAGCGACUAUUGGACUGGUAAACAUUAUCACACGGAUUGAUUAUCGGGACGACCGCCGCUUGCAUUAUCUUGAAGUGGCUUCCCGCCUUCUCUUUAUCACUGCAAUUGGUCUCCUUCUCGCCGGCGGUAUUCUCGAAGGAAAUUACGACGACAUUAACUCGGUUCGGAUCGGCACAAAACUCGCACGCGCUGGAUACUACGUUGUUGCUGCCUUUGUUGGUGGAAUGAUUUUCUUUCAGGCGUUCUUCUGGCUACAGAGACGAAAUUUGAGCCAAAACAGCAUGCUUAUCCUCGUUGGAACAACCUUGGCAAUGCCGUUGUUCAUUGUUCGGCUGACGUACGCCUUUCUCUCGAUCUACCGUGCUGCGUAUGAUGACACAUGGAAUCCCCUAAACGGACCGAUUGCUCCAUUCUUAGUCAUGGCGCUCUUGAUGGAGUAUAGCGUUGUGAUUAUCUAUCUGUACUCGGGCUUUAGGAUUAAACCGACUACCAGGGUUGAAGAUGAUGGAGAAAGUGCUGUUGCAUUAAAGUAG